AUGAUUGCCGCAUCUUUACAGGAAAUGCCGGUUGGCAACUCUCGAUACUCUAGCGAGGGAUACAACAAUUAUCAAGUAUCAGCAGCAGCAGCUGGUGGAAACAAUAAUGGCCAUCAAGCAGGAAUGUUGAUGGGAGGAGGAACUGGUGGAGCAGUAACAGGAAUGACGACAACGACUCAUAACAGCUCGAACCAUUCGUCACCCACGACAACCAAUAGCAGUAUGUCGAGUUACCCGAUGCCACAAUUGCAUCAAUCUUCAAACGGGAUUCCAAAGCUUGAGCCUCAGUCGGCAUCUGUUGGAUACUCACAGUCCACCACCACCGCAGACCAUGCGGCCGCAUCAGCAGCAGCAGCAGCGGCAGCAAAUUCUGAUCCUAAUUACUAUUAUUAUUCAUCUCAACAACAUCAGCAACAACAGGCCCAUUUGGGACGAUUAAGCACCGAAAGUUUGGAUCAUCUGGGUCAAUCAUACUCGAGAAACCAAUCUAUUCCCUCGUUACCCCCUCCUUCUUAUAAUCGACCUAUGUCGUCAUUGCCUUCUGUGUCUGGCGGUGUGGAUGAGUCUACACAGCAGGCCGUUAGUGCUAGCAGUGAUUCUAACAACAUCAGUAGAACUUCUCAGGGUCUUCAUACACACGACCACAAUACUCCAAGCCCUACUCAGCACCAGCAGCCCUCGCUUCAGCACCAGCAAUCUUUGCUUCCGCAACAGCAACAGCAGCAACAUCAACAACCGCUCCAACAACAACAGCAACCACAACAACAAAUCCCAACUACACAACAGCAACAACAGUUUCAUCAAACAGCAAUGUCAGGAAUUCCCCAACCUCAGUUGCCUGCUCUGUACCAGCAGCCCUACCCACCAUUAUACCAACAGCCCCAGCAACCACAGCCUGGUAGCUCGACUGGAGGAUAUGGUGACCUGACCCCACAACAACAGAGAUCAUUAUCAAUUGGCCAGCCCAUGACUCAGCCAAUUGGCCAUCCUUUAAGCCACCACCCCAUGUACAUGCAACAACAGCCUCCUAUUCCCGGUGGCACGGGAACUGCUCCUCUGCCAAACCUGUCGUCGAUUCCUUUAGGAGCUUACACCACUAAUGCCAGUGGACAAGUUGUAUCGACCACGCCAGGUCCUACCAAUAUCAUUCCAGGACCAGCAGGUACAGGAACCACAUCAGGACCACCAUCUCAUCUUAUGACGACAUUCAACUCGAAAAUCUCGCUGAGAUCGCUGAAAAAGCACGCUUGUUCCGUGUGCGGUAAGAGAUUCACCCGUCCCUCAUCACUUCAGACCCACAUGUACUCACACACAGGCGAAAAGCCAUUCAAGUGCGAGUACGAGGGCUGCGGAAGAAGUUUCUCGGUUGUGUCCAACCUGCGUCGUCACAAAAAGAUUCACGGAAUCUACCCUUAG